AUGGCUUCAGAACUAGCCUGGAAGGAAUAUGAGACGUUAGUUCACCACCAAAAUAACGGCCAGCAAAUAACGGCCAGCAGAUUUGAGAAAUUGGGAGAGAAGAUUGAAUCUAGUAAUGAGUUUGAGUCUGACUCUUAUCAGAGAUAUAAAUGGAUGAAGUUGAGAAAAGAUAUCGAAACGCUUAUAUUGCAGUUAAGCCGGGAGAAUAUAAAAGACACUGCUGUGAGCUUGUUUGGAUUGAAUUUGAACAGAGGUAAAGGGAUACUUAUACGAAGUAUAAUCAAGCAGCAAAUUGAAGAACCUAAAAACACGGCAAUAUAUUCUUCAUUAAUAUCAAUCAUAAAUCUGAAAAUAACCGAUGUGGGAAAAGUAUUGGGGAGCAGAUUGAUCGUGCAGUUUAAAAAGAACUAUAUUCGAAAUAACCGAAGGUUGGUUCGUAAUUCCAUUACGUUUAUGUGUCAACUAGUUAAUCAGAGAGUAAUAAAUGAGAUUAUAAUUUUAGAGAUACUACAAAUCUUGUUGGAUAAGAAACCAACGAGCCAAGGCAUUGAAUUGAGUUGUGAGAUUAUAAAACUUAAUGGUAAGUUGUUAAUGGGGAGUGCCAGAAGCGCAUUUGAUAUGAUUAUAACUCGAUUAAGGAACUUAAUGGGAGAAAUAUCCAUUGACGAAAAAGGGAUGCAGAAAAUUGAAAAUAUUUUUAGAUUGAGUAGAAACCAAUUUCGGUUCUUCAAGAUUUUAGAAGAAGAUUUAGACUUGAUCGAAGAAGAAGAUCAAACCACUCAUAUAAUCGAUAUAAACGAUGAAAUAGACAUGAAAAUUGAUCAGGACUACUAUGAAUACGAUGGAAACUACGAAGAUAAUGAAAAGGCGUAUGAGAACAUACGGAAAGACAUAUUGGGAGACGAUGAAGAAGAAGAAGGAGAAGAAGAGGAAGAAGACGAAGAAGAAGUGGCAGAGGAAGGGGAAGAACUACAAGAAUUCAAAGAUAUGACCGAGUCCAAUCUAUUGAAUUAUCAAAAGACCAUUUAUUUAACCAUUAUGUCAAGCAUGUCAUCGGACGAAGCAGUGCACAAGUUGAUCAAGUUGAAUCAAAGCAACCAGCAAAAAGAUGAAGUUCUAAUUGAUAUGAUUAUCAAAUGUUGUUCGCAAGAGAAGACUUAUUCUAAGUAUUAUGGGGUGAUUGGAGAAAAAAUGAUUUUGAUGAAAAAAUGGCAUUCUAUAAUGGUUCAACAAUUUAAGCAUACGUAUGGGAACAUUCAUGAGUACGAAAACAACCAAAUAAGAAACGUAGGGAAGUUUUUUGGACAUUUAUUUGCCAGUGAUAAGUUAUCGAUUGAAGAUUCAUGGGACGAGAUCAUAAUGACCGAAGAGGAAACCAACCUGGCAAGUCGAGUCUUUAUCAAGUUUAUAUUUCAAGAAAUGAUUGAAGAGAUUGGACUCAAAACGGUUCAUAACAUGAUCAGUGAUGAUGCAGUCAAGGGCAAAAUCAGUGGGUUAUUCCCGGUGAAUGGGUCUGACUUAGACCACGUCAGAUUUCUGAUCAAUUACUUCACUGCCAUUGGGCUCGGGGUGCUAACCGAAGAAAUGAGACUGGGGUUGGCCCAACUGUCCCGGGGACGAUCCAGGUCAGUUAGCAGCCAUUCGAGUUAUUCCCGAAGCGGUUCCAGCUCAAGGUCGAGGUCCUACAGUAGGUCCAGAUCCAACAGUCCAUGA